GGCGGGAAUCGCGGGCUGGGUGGGAACCGGGGGUGUUUCUGCCUCUCCCUUCCCUUCCUCCCCGGCCCGGCCCGCGCUGGCCCGGCGCCCGGCGCGCCGGUGGGGCUGCCGCGGCCUGAGGAGCGGUGCCGUUUGCUUCCCCUUCGCCGAACUGCAGGGAGCGGGCGGCGGCGAGGAGCGGCGGCGGGCAGGAGGAGCUGCCGCCGCCCUGAGGUGGCGGCGGCCCCGAGGAGCGGGCGAUGGACGGGGAGGGCGAGGCGGAUCUCUCCCACGGCAGCGCGGCGCCGCGCUGGAAGAGGAGGUCGACCCCUCGGCCGCAGCCCCGCGGCUGGAGCAAACCCCGGCCCCAAUCGUACCAGAGCCCCAACGGGGUGCUCUUCACCGACUUUCCCGUGGAGGACAGGUGCACCUUCACCGUGACUCAGCCCGCCGGCACCGUCAGCACCUGCCCGGGCAGCGCGGCGCUCCGGAGGGGCCCCUCGUUCUUCAAUUCCAGCAUGGGAUCGGUAUCCAACGGGAAGGCGCAGCCCCCAGCCGGUACGGCCGACUCCCCUGAGCGGACCUCCCCGGUGCUGACUCUGGUUUCGAACAGUUCUGUCGUUUUUACCGCCAACGGCACCACUACCUCGCCGGGGAGCCAGCUGGGCCGUCCCCUGAGGAUUUCCAGCCCGUCAGCGCUUACCCCGCGGCAGGAGCGGAUUGUUUUUACAGCCAGCCCUCAGCCCUCACCGACGGGAGAGGCACCCUCCCCCGCCAGCACCAACGCGCUGCCCCUGCAAUGCAACCGGCUUUCCAAAACAGCAGAAAAAGUGGCGCCGGGGCCCCUCGGUGUGUCCCCCACCAUGUCCCCAGAGCAAGGCGGAGCUCCUCAGAGGCCGGCGUCCCCUCAGGAGCAGCCGGUGGUCCUGAGCACCGACAGCCCCGCCGCUCUCAAGGUGGGCACACAGCAGAUCAUCCCCAAGAGCUUGGCUUCUGAAAGCAAGGUGAAGGGCAAAGCCAACAGCCAGAAUGCAGAGACCAACAGGAGGGUGCUGAAGGUCCGGAGCAUGGUGGAGAGCCUCAGCUUGCCCUUGGUCGCCGAUGCUGAGGAGGAGGCCGAGGGCGACCUGGACAGCCCAGGGACCCUGAGGCGAGGCUUGAGGUCGACAUCAUACCGCAGGGCGGUGGUGAGUGGCGUGGACUUGGACGGCUCUGCUAAUUUUAAGAAAAAAAACAGAAUGUCCCAGCCCAUACUUAAAGCAGUUGUUGAAGAUAAAGAGAAGUUUUCGAGCCUGGGGAGGAUAAAGAAGAAAAUGCUGAAAGGACAAGGAACAUUUGAUGGGGAAGAAAAUGCUGUAUUGUAUCAGAACUAUAAAGAAAAAGCUCUGGAUAUAGAUUCUGAUGAAGAGUCUGAGCCCCGAGAGCAGAAAUCAGAUGAAAAGGUUGUUUUUCACUAUAAGCCCCUGAGAUCAACAUGGAGUCAGCUGUCCGUUGUAAAGAAGAAUGGAUUAUCAGAAACGAUCCCCCAGGAAGAAAGAAAAAGACAGGAGGCGAUAUUUGAAGUGAUAUCUUCUGAGCAUUCUUAUUUGCUGAGCUUGGAGAUUCUGAUCCGGAUGUUUAAAAAUUCCAGGGAAUUGAGCCUCACAAUGACCAAAACAGAGAGCCAUCACCUUUUCUCCAAUAUCGCGGAUGUCUACGAAGCAAGCAAAAAGUUCUUUGAAGAACUUGAAGCAAGACAUCAGAAUAACAUCUUUAUUGAUGAUAUUAGUGAUAUAGUCGAAAAGCAUAGUUCUUCAACGUUUGAUCCGUAUGUAAAGUACUGCACUAAUGAAGUCUAUCAGCAGCGAACCCUGCAGAAGUUACUAGCCACAAAUCCAGCAUUUAAAGAGGCGUUAUCACGGAUUGAGUCCCAUGAAGAUUGUCGGAAUUUACCAAUGAUCUCUUUCCUCAUUCUUCCCAUGCAGAGAGUUACUCGUCUUCCCUUACUGAUGGAUACGAUUUGUCAGAAAACUCCUAAGGAUUCACCAAAAUACGAGAACUGCAAGCGAGCUCUGAAAGAAGUGAGCAAGCUGGUGCGUUUAUGCAACGAAGGUGCUCGGAAAAUGGAAAGGACAGAAAUGAUGUACACGAUUAACUCCCAACUGGAAUUUAAAAUCAAGCCAUUUCCGUUGGUUUCCUCUUCACGAUGGUUAGUGAAAAGGGGCGAGUUAACAGCGUAUGUAGAAGACACUGGACUUUUUUCUAAAAGAACUUCUAAACAGCAGGUGUACUUCUUCCUCUUUAAUGAUGUCCUCAUUAUCACCAAGAAGAAGAGUGAAGAGAAUUACAAUGUCACGGAUUAUUCUUUAAGGGACCAGCUGGUGGUACAACAAUGUGACAGCGAGGACCUGACUUCUUCUCCUGUGAAGAACGCUUCCACGAUGCUCUACUCGCGGCAGAGUUCGGCGACUCACCUCUUCCGGCUGGCGGUGCUCAGCAACCACGCGGGGGAGAAGGUGGGGAUGCUCCUGGGCACAGACACGCUGAGCGACAGAGCUCGCUGGAUUACAGCGCUGGGACAGGACAGAGACGGGCAGAAAACAGACAGGACAACUUUAACUCAGGUAGAGAUCACCAGAACUUACACAGCAAAGCAGUCGGAUGAACUGUCUCUUCAAGUUGCUGAUGUUGUUUUGGUUUAUCAAAAAGUAAACGAUGGUUGGUAUGAAGGGGAACGAUUGCGGGACGGCGAACGAGGCUGGUUUCCCAUGGAGUGUGCUAAAGAAAUCACAUGUCGUGCCACCAUUGACAAGAACAUGGAGCGGAUGGGACGCUUGCUUGGACUUGAAACCAAUGUGUAGACUGGUUUUGCUUCUUCAUACUGUUCUACAGGAUUUGCACUAACUGCUGCCGGUGGGGUGCGGUGACGUGCCCUACAGCUCUCGUGUGGAAGAUGUGGGUCACCAAUGCGAAAAAUCUAGUACCAGAGCACUGAUAUUUCAGAUACUCAUCCCUUUUUUGCUUUGUGUUUAGAGAGCUCUGAACUGAAACCUGGCUCGACCAGUAGCAGAUUUCAACUAGAAGUAGCUUCUUAAGUCCUGGAGAUCAGCCAAGCUUCUCCUUGACUCAGAUAUCAGUUUCAACUUUAGUUCCUCCAUCCCUGCCUCUUUAUGUAUUCCUUCUCCAUCUGUUUCUGAGCAUCUUGACUUCCUUUCAGAAGCAAAACUCUGUGUAGCAGUCUGGGCAGGAGACCAAACACCAGAAGGUCACCCAAUCCGUUGAUCUGGAGACAAUAUUGGAGAGUUUGCUGCUCUUAAGAAACUGCAGGGUUACACGUGCAGUACCAGAGAGUAUGGUCAUGGGAUGGUCCCAGUUGUGUCAGAAUCUGAACUAGAAUGACCAAUCCAUAAUUCAUAAAGGACUACCUCUCCAGCACAAAUCCAGGAAAGUCCUAGGCUUCAUAAGAAGUAAUUAGACCUCUAUAAUCAAUGUUAGCAAAGAUGACACAAGCUCCAGGGAAGAAUCCAGACGAGUGCCUCUGGUGGCAGUGGUCUAUAGUAUGGUGUUAAGGAUUUCUGAAAGCAAGAAAGACCAAACUCUCCAAAAUACAUAAUAUAUAUUAUCUCAGUCUCAUCUCCAUUUUAGCACAGGUAUUUUAAAGGAGUAUAACUGCAGGAAACAUGUCCAGUUUGUUUCUGUUUUCCCCAUGUGUUUAACUAGAUCUUCAUCAUAACUUACUGCUUCAGAGCAAGGGUUUUGGUGAUGACUGCAGAAAACAGGAAAUGGUUUAUUCUGUGUUUGGGGUGUUUGUUCUGGGUUUUUUUUGUCCUUUAGUCUUUCUGCUCUUCUGUACUGGAGGAGAUUAAUUUAUUUUUUUUUCCCCUCUGUAGAGAGAGAAGUAAGGUCUGUAGAGUUGUGUUAAGGUGCCAGGUCUUCUCAUCUCCAUUGUAUAGAUAAAUGUAAGACCACCACUAAGGAAAGACCUGGAAGUAGAUAGCUCAGCACUUUGAUUAACUUGGUAUUUUGUUAUCUUUGCCUUCCCUACUGCAGUGUGACCUGAUGUCACUGGAUGCUUCAGGGAAGAGAUAAGGAGGGAGGGAUAGAGAGCAAUAGAUAAAAUAGUGCUGGGACCUUCCUUUCAGAGGAGCUCGCAUUGGUGCUGCUUCACACAGGCUCUUCUCUGCUUCAGAGAAGACUUCUCACAAUUGCACUACACACAACACCUGCUGAAUUUUUGCAUCUGCAAUUUAGCUUUGGAAUUUCACAGAAAAAAACCCAACCACUUAAUGUUGUGUGAACAAAAUGCACUCAAAAAUGAAGUAAAUUUCAGUGCAUCUUUUCUGUAUAUAUGUGUGACAGUUUGUAAUAUAAAAGUCUUCACAUUUUUAAGGACCAGCUGAUAACUCAGCAGAGUAGAAUACAUGUUCAAUAAAAAUAAGGGAAAAACUUGCAGUACAAAGGUUUUCUGCUUGUUGUAUUCCCUGUCUCUUUUAAAGGGGCUGUAUGUUGUUUUAUAUAUUGUAAUAUGUUGAUUCAGUUUGUGAAUUAAUUGGAUGUUUAUAAAGAUGUAUUUCUGUAACAAUUUAAAAUAUAUUGAGGCGGCAAUAAUUUUGUACAAAAACACUUACCUUGACAGUCUGACAGUGGUUUUAUAGCCUUGUAAAUUAAUUUAAGUGGGCUGAUAAAAUAGUAAUGAGAAACUGUAAAUUGAAUAGAAACUUAUUUAACAUAGUAAAAAUACUGCUAAUAUUUUAACAAAUUUUAUUGUACACAGGCAGUUGUUUAAUACAACUGAGUGUAUAAAUCCAGACAUUAAUUUUAUUCAGAUUUUUUAAUACAUUGUAUAUAUUUUUCAUACCUAGUUUUUCCAGAAGAUGCUGUAAUGUUUUUUAAAGACUUUUUCAUUUUUCCUAUUGUUGGACACAGUUCUUCAGGAAUUAAAGACCUCUAUGAUUUUACAGGACAACAAUCAAUAAAAUACUU